AUGAUUAAUGUUCCACUAACUGUUGAUCAUGUUAGACCUGGUCAAAGUAAUCAUGAUGAUUCAAUUGAUGUCUAUGAAUCUUCUUCAUCAGUUCACAUUCAAUCACCGCCAAUCAUAAAUGAUACUGAAGUUAAUCAUCCAUUACCUCCUCCUCUUCUUUCCCCAUCCUCUUCAUCACCACCACAAGGUAAUAAUCAACUCAUAAAUCGUCAUAAAUACAUUCCAGCCAACUCUAUUGAUGUCUCACUUUCACCCCCUCCAAAUGAAAAUCCCGUUUCUGAAUCUCAAUAUGAACUAAAAAGAUUAAAUUAUGAAAAACGUAGAAACCGAUUAAAGACUCCAACUAAAAUUAGAACUAAAAGAAAAUCAACUAAUUCAGUUCCUUUAUCAUCAAUCCCCUUAACGAAAGUUCCUAAAAUAAAUCAAUCUCAUCCAUUACAUAGUAUUUCACCUCUUCCAAUUAAUGAUAUUAAUUUUCAACCAAAAUUAUUUGAUGGCAGGCGCUACCACACUUAUACGUUUAAAAAUUAUGUUAAAUCACCAUUAAAUCCAAAUGCAGUUAGAGUCAUUAAUUCUACAGGGAAAUUAGGUACCACUUCAAAUGGGUUAAAUAAUAAAGAUCAAUUUAAAUUAAGUUUGGAAAAUACUCACUCUGAUAAUAUUAAUCCUAAUAAUGAAGAACAAGAUAAUAAUAAUGAUGGAGAUGAUGAAUCAUCUGGAUUUAUAGUUGGAAGUUCAGCUCAUACUUAUUCUCAAGAAAGUUCGUUCCCAUUCCGUGAUUUAACUUCAAUCAUUCAAUCUCCUCAUGAACCUCCAUUUCCUGUCCCUCCUAUUCAUCCUAAACAAGGUCCAGUAAGACAAAAAGUAAUUAAUCAAAAUAAUACAAGAUUAUUUGCUCCUACUGAUCAUUUUCAAGAAUAUAUUGAAGAAAGAUUAAUUCGUUGGAAACCAUCUGAUUCUCAACAUAAUAAUGAAUCAACAAUCAUUGGUAACCAUCCUUUCCAAUCAUUAGAAUAUGAUAAAGUUGGUAAAAAGAACAAUAAACCUUUUAAAUUAUUUUCAACUUUAGGAAGUUGGUUUAAUCCAAUUGAAGAAUUAGAAACUAUGGAAUCUCAAGAUUUAGAAGCUGGUCUAUCAUCAAUUGAUUCAAUUCAACCAUCGGUUGAAAUCUUAAAUAUUAAAAAGAUUAACGAUAAUAAUAAUAAUUAUGAUAAAAUUAUUGGAAAUUUAUUAUUAAAACCAAAUAGUUCAAUAUCAAUUUUACCUUUACUGCAAAGAUCAACUCCUCAACCAAUUUCAAAUCAACCUCUGGCUAUUCAAGCUCCAAAUUAUACUCCCAAAGGUAUCCCAUUUAAAGAUUAUGAAAUUAAUUUUGAAAAACGAAGAGAAACUAAUGAACCUAAUAAUUCAGAUGAUGAUUUAUCAUUACUUGAUACUUUAGAUGAUGAUGUUAGACAUCUUGUGGAUGGUAUUGAUAAUUUUGUUAUUAAUUGUAUUGAUGGAAUUUGGAAUUUUUUCUCAUCCUUUGGAAAUUUAUGUUAG